AUGUAUCCGUCGACCCAUUCCUAUGAGGCGUACCGUCAGGCUGCAGUUAAGUUCGAAGAAGCUUGUAAAUCUGCCAUACCGCAUUACCUUAAUAAAUUUGCAACUGAUUUGAACUCGUCAUCUAAAAAAUGGUGGAGUUUCAUGAAACAUACAAUUGAUAAACACCGUUCAUCAUCUAUACCACCUUUGCUUGAUACAAAUACUGAUUUAUUAGUUAGCGAGCCUCUUGAUAAGGCCGAAUUACUUAACCAUUAUUUUGCAAAAGUUUGCACAUCUUCUCAGAAUAAUCCGACGUUCCCUAUGUUAGCACCUCCGCGCGUUGUUAUGUCGCAGUUUCAUAUUUAUGAUACUGAAGUCUUUGAAUUAUUAUCAAAUUUAGACGCAGCAAAAUGUUGUUCGCCUGGCAUCAUAAACAGAAUGUUGUUAGAGGCAGCGCCUUCUAUUACAUCGAUAUUAGCUGCUGUUUUCAACGAGUCGCUUAACACUGGCAUUUUUCCUGAGUCUUGA